CAGAUUGGCCGGUUUAACUCCCAGUUGGGAUGGUUUAGUCAUAGUGGGGUUAUAAAACCCGCCUUCGCCUGGGACAUAUUAAGCAUCGCACCCCAGACUUACACUUUGGAUUGGUUUAUGAUGAACUAGGAAGCUUUUAAAACCUUGACUGGAUUAGAAACAGCCGGUCCGAUCUCGCACGCUGUGCGCUGAGUUCGCUCCUUCCUGCUUCCUUCCUUCUCACUGUGCGCUUGAAGCACUGCAGACUCACAGCCCAUUUUUUGCACUGCAACAUCUCCGUUCUGUACGAGGAUGGUUUUACACACUGACAGAGUUUCACCUUUGGAUUUAUAUUUCUCGUGAAGAGAUGGGACUUUAGACGGAUUCUUUGCUUGGCUUUUUUUUUUCCCUUCAUUGGCGAUCGAGACAUUUUUGGUGAUGGUAUUAGAGCAUUUGGCGCGGAUGCGCUCUUUUUCUCGCCAGCUACCUUUCCCUGGGACAAGUCAUUUGGAUAUGUGAAGGAGCUUGAAGUAUGGCAUGCAAAAGAUGGUCUCGGCCAAGAAGGAGACGGUGAUUGCAAUGUGCCCCACUUACAUCUCCACACUCUUCUACUUUCUGUGCGUUACGGCUUGCAUUAAGAGAAUCUCAGGUCAGGUAAAGAGGGAUGAGAAGUUAUACCCUGAAAAUUUCACCAAGAUCUUAGACCAACUUCUGGAGGGUUAUGACAGCAGACUGCGCCCUGGAUUCGGCGGUCCGGUGACUGAGGUGAAGACUGGUAUCUACGUUACUAGUUUUGGCCCAGUAUCUGAUGUGGAAAUGGAGUACACAAUAGAUGUGUUUUUCCGACAGACGUGGGAGGACCGGAGGUUGAGGUAUGAGGGCCCAAUCGAGAUUUUGCGACUAAACAACCUAAUGGUGACCAAAGUGUGGACUCCGGAUACCUUCUUCAGGAACGGAAAAAGAUCUGUGGCUCAUAAUAUGACUGCACCGAACAAACUCUUCCGCAUAAUGAAAAAUGGCACAAUCCUUUACACCAUGAGGCUGACAAUCAGUGCAGAGUGUCCAAUGAAGCUAGUGGAUUUUCCUAUGGAUGGCCAUUCCUGUCCACUUAAGUUUGGCAGCUAUGCUUACCCUAAGACUGAGAUGAUCUACACAUGGACCAAGCACUCUGUGGAAGUUCCUCCUGAAUCAUCCAGCCUUGUUCAGUAUGAUCUGAUUGGACAAACUGUCUCCAGUGAAACAGUGAAAUCUAUUACAGGUGAAUAUGUCGUGAUGACUGUCUAUUUCCACUUGAAACGGAAAAUGGGCUACUUCAUGAUUCAAACGUACAUCCCAUGCAUCAUGACAGUAAUCCUUUCCCAAGUGUCUUUCUGGAUAAAUAAGGAAUCUGUGCCUGCCAGAACUGUCUUCGGUAUCACCACAGUUCUCACCAUGACCACUCUGAGCAUCAGCGCUCGUCAUUCUCUGCCUAAGGUCUCCUAUGCUACAGCCAUGGACUGGUUUAUUGCCGUGUGUUUCGCCUUCGUUUUUUCGGCCCUCAUCGAGUUUGCUGCUGUGAACUAUUUCACCAACGUGCAAGCGGAACGAGCAAAGAAGAAAGCAGCCAAAAAUGCUGUCACUGCAGCUGCCAACAGCUCCAUACCAUCAGGCAAGGGCAAGGACACUAAGGAGAUUCUACAGCAAAACUCAGACACUAAUGGCAACCUACGCAAACGUGUAAACUCCACGACUCAGUCUCAGCCCGACCCUAAGGGCAGCCAAAGAAAUGAAUCCUGCAGCAGGAGCUCUAUGGCUGUUUCCAAAGAGCUCCAGACAAGCCAAUUAUCCUCCAGCUCAAGCACAACAGACAGCCCCUCAGGCCAAACACGACCCCAUCCCAAAUCCUUCACCCAAUCCAAAGCACUCAUUCCAGCUUCAGCUUCCAAAACCACUCCCCCUGCUCCGCCUUCAGUGCCAACAGUCCCUGAGCUCUCGUCAGCCAACACACCCACCAGCUCUGGUUCUCUUCACCAUCUUCUAGUCCCAAAGUUGGAGAAUAUGCAGAAAACAGAAGCCAAGGCUGCAUCCAGCGCUCAGCCUGCAGCUUCUAUGGGCGGGGCAAGCAAGAUUGAUAAGUAUGCACGCAUCCUUUUCCCAGUCUCCUUUGGGGCAUUUAACAUGGUGUACUGGGUGGUAUACUUAUCCAAAGACACAAUGGAAGCAAAAGGAGCCUAAUCACAGAAUUUUCUGAUUUUGUCACAUUUCUUGAAGCCAAACUGCAGAUAAAGGGCACAACAUCCCUCCAAGGAUUGCGUCAAGCAAAUUCAACACAAUCUCUUGAAUCUUCUAUCAAUGAAUGGACAAACAAAAUAGCCUGGACAAGCACCUCAGAUGAUCAUCUGGGUAACAUAAUUCCAAAAUCUUUUAGAGGUUGUCAAUGAGUCUUUUCACUGAAUGAGCAUGUGGAUAUUUAAAUACAGUCUUAGAUUUACUGGCCCUUUGUAAAACUGGUCAUAAAAUGGCAGACACAUUUAUUAUCGAACACGUAGGUGUAGGGAUAUUGCCACUGAAAAUGGAAAGAUAAAAGGAAAACCAUUACAAUUUCAUCUAUUUUUCUAUUAGUAUGUGUGUGUUUUCUGGCAAAUCUCCUUUGAAACCACAAUUUGUUUUCAUGUUGAGACACAUUUGUAUGUGUUAACAGUUAACAGGCUGUCUGAUGGAUGUUGUCAGCAGUGAGGAGUUUACUCAUGAGGAACUUG